GAUUACAAUCCAACUGAUACGAUCCAGCUAUCCAAAGAUUACAAUCCAAUUGAUACGAUCCAGCUAUCCAAAGAUUACAAUCCAACUGAUACGAUCCAGCUACCUAAAGAUUACAAUCCAACUGAUACGAUCCAGCUAUCCAAAGAUUACAAUCCAACUGAUACGAUCCAGCUACCUAAAGAUUACAAUCCAACUGAUACAAUCCAGCUAUCCAAAGAUUACAAUCCAACUGAUACGAUCCAGCUAUCCAAAGAUUACAAUCCAACUGAUACGAUCCAGCUAUCCAAAGAUUACAAUCCAACUGAUACGAUCCAGCUAUCCAAAGAUUACAAUCCAACUGAUACGAUCCAGCUAUCCAAAGAUUACAAUCCAACUGAUACGAUCCAGCUAUCCAAAGAUUACAAUCCAACUGAUACGAUCCAGCUAUCCAAAGAUUACAAUCCAACUGAUACGAUCCAGCUAUCCAAAGAUUACAAUCCAACUGAUACGAUCCAGCUAUCCAAAGAUUACAAUCCAACUGAUACGAUCCAGCUAUCCAAAGAUUACAAUCCAACUGAUACGAUCCAGCUAUCCAAAGAUUACAAUCCAACUGAUACGAUCCAGCUAUCCAAAGAUUACAAUCCAACUGAUACGAUCCAGCUAUCCAAAGAUUACAAUCCAACUGAUACGAUCCAGCUAUCCAAAGAUUACAAUCCAACUCAUACGAUUCAGCUAUCUAAAGAUUAG